AUGGUUGACCAUUUAUCAAGAGUGAAUUUACGCUCUUCCUCCUUAACUGCCCCAAUUCUCGAAGCUGUUCAAGAAGCUGAGCCUUUUGAAGAAGCUACUUUUUCUAACUUGCAAAAGAUACACCCUUUAACAGAAAACUCAACCUGUAACGGCUAUGCUCUAUAUGAUGUAGAUGGAAAUUUGAAACCCAUGAAAGAUACAUUCGGUAGAAAUAUAUGUACACCCGACAAUUCGAACCCAACAAGAGCAAGAGACGAAAGACCAUUGGACACAAUACGCGGAUUUGAGUACUCUAUUACAAAAGACCCCCGCUGGUUACAAGAACUGGAAACAUUUAAAUAUGGGUUUAAAGCCAGACCCGGAUUUUCUGCCAUUAAUCGAGACUCGCAAGCUUCAGUAAAUUUAUCUCAAUUGGAAGAGAAAGUUAUAGAAAAUCAAAAAAAAGAAAAGAAAAAUCAUAUAACAUGGGUUUCUCGGUUACUUUGCGGGUGA